AUGCACGAGCUGGAGGCUGCCCUCGAGGGAUCCAAGCGACGAAGUGCUUCAGGAGCCGACGGCGUCUCCUUCCAGAUGCUCCGCAACCUGGUUGGCACCAGCCGUCAACGACUGCUGGAGUACUACAACGUCUGGAACACCGGGGUCCUACCGGAGUCCUGGCGGACUGCGGUCGUCGCGCCAAUCCUGAAGACCCGGAAGAAAGCCAUGACCCUCUCCUCGUACAGGCCAGUCUUUCUCACCUCUGCACCCUGCAAGGUAAUGGAGCAGGUGGCCCUGAAGCGACUGGAGUGGAUUGCCGACCAACUGUACUUCUUCCCCGUACAGCAGACAGGCUUCAGACGCCACCGGUGCACAGCUGACUCCAUCUCGGACGUCGUCGUCACCCUCGAGGAUGCGAGGAGCUGCGGGGACGUGGCCAUGCUCCUCCUGCUGGACGUGGAGAGCGCCUUCGACGGUCUACCACACGAGGUCGUCGAGGGAGCCCUGGACCGACUUGGCAUCAGCGGGAGCCUCCGAAGCUUCGUGACCGCCUUCCUGUCCGGGAGGACCUUCUGCGUCCGUGUUGGAAGGGAGACCAGCCGACCCAGGCACAUCACCGCAGGUGUACCACAGGGCUCCGUGCUGAGCCCCUUCCUCUUCAACAUGGCGAUGGCGGGACUCCCUGCUUCUCUCCCGACAGGCACCAGGUUCCCGACCCGCUGCUCCGUCUACGCUGACGACGUGGCACUCUGGGCCCGGGGACCAAGCCAGUCCAUACCAGCCAUCAGGAGGUCACUGCAGGCGGCCCUGGAUGUUGUGAUUAACUACCUCAGAGGCACCGGACUCAAGGUCUCCGCCACCAAGACCGAGGCCCUGCUGAUCCACCCGCUGGCGGCGGCACGCGCGUACGUGAAACGGCUGAGGGUCGGCAACCGCAGCCUGCCAUGGAAGCAGACGGUGAAGUACUUGGGGCUCACCAUCGACCACCGGCUCACCUGGAUACCAGCUGCCAAGGCCGCCGCCACCCAGGUCACACGUGUCCAGGGAGCCAUCAACAAGCUGCAGCAACGUGGCCGGGGGCUGUUCCACCAAGUGGGCACUACGGCUCAACCAGUCAACCAGGCUUCGGCGUCCUCGGUCCUGCUGUACGCAUUCCCACUGGUGACCCUGACCCUGGCCAGGAGACUCCACGUGGAGGGAUUUCACAGGAAAGCGCUGAGGGCCAUCCUGGGGCUCCCCAAGUGCUCCCCCGUGACAGCGACUCUAGCCGAGGCAGGAGAGUGGCCCCUGUCCCUACGAAGCGUGCAUUGGGGCACAUCGACCGCCUUCACCGUGCAGCCGACGGCAAGACCCUCCUGGAGCGCCUUCGCAGCCAGCCAAGUUCCGGUUGCCCGUCCGCCGCCCCAUCACCGGCCACCCGAGGUCCACCUGUCCUUGGAUGGGUCCACCAAGCGCCGCACAACUGCGGCAGCACUGCAGCAGGCUGCCACCUCCAAGCACCAGGAGCAACUGGAAGGGCGGCUACAGGUCUUCACCGACGGAUCCGCCAUUCCAGACGGGACUGCAGCGGCGGCGUGCGUCAUCCCGUCCAAGGCCGCCAGCAGGCAGUGCCGGCUGCCCUUCCCGGCGAGCUCCACGGCAGCGGAGUUGGCCGGACUUCACCUGGCGGCGGACCUGCUGGCCGAGGACAUACCAGCCACGCUGGCCAACCAUCGCCGUGCCGGGCUCACUGGAAACCUCGUGGCAACCAAGUUUCGGGCCCUUGCGGCAUCCGAGGCAUCCGUCUCCUUCCACUGGCUGCCCUCUCACGUCGGCAUAGCUCGCAACGAGGAGGCGGACAGACUGGCCAAGGCAGCACACCAGCCAGGCAUCCCCAUCACCCAGGCCGUGGCGGCAAGGGACUACUCGCAGGCCCGCCUCAAGAAGCUCCUCGUCACAGUGCACCAGGACCGGAGGGUAGCCAACGGGCGGGAACCAAAGCUUCUCCCAGAGACGGGCCUCACCAGGAGGAAACGAGCCUCCGUGCUGCGACUGCGGACCGGCUGUGUGUGGACCGCGGCCCGCGGCCCGCCGCUACCUGAAGGGUCGCUGCGCCUCCCCAGCCUGCAGCCGCUGCGGCGACCCCGAGACCCUCGAGCACCUCCUUUGUACCUGCCCCGGAUUGGCAAAGGAACGCUCGACAGUCACCACAGCCUACCGGAGGCAGGGCCUUCCUGCCACUGCCCUGGAGCACCUCCUCUUCCCAUUCCGUCCCCAUCUACCAGCGCUCCGGAGCCUGGCGGGUUUCCUCGGGGAGACGGGAAUCGCGGCCUACCACUGAGACCGGGGCUCUUGCCACCCCUAUCCUUGCUGCCGGCCUGCUGCUCUUCGUACUGA